ACAGACACACCGACCCGUUUAAAAGUCUGACUCCCGGUUCACACGGCCCGUAUACUGACGCUAAACCAACGUCAAACGCGCGUGCUCCGGUAGUAGUGAAUGUUUUCUGGGACCUACUUCUUCUGCUGUCGCUGACAGGCGGUGCUUCGGUCGCUCCCAAACAUGGCCUCCAUGACGGAGCGACCGCUUCAACUUUAAUUUUUCGCCAAUUUUUCAGAGCAAAACCGUGUUUAUUUCCUUCCACGACCAACGGGGAUGUUUCUAGGACUCGCGAAACAGAUGUUAUCUUCCGGAGAAGUUGGCUGUUGGCUUUUAAACUGAUCGGUUUAAGCAACACACACAAAAAAAAGCUGGAGAGGAAAAAGAGAAUUGCAUCAAAUCAAAUGCCAUCUGAGGCUCAGUCUCAGGAGCCCCGGGACAGAGGACCGCCACCUCCUGUCACUCGGGCUGGACGCAGCGCUCAGCUGGCCAAAGCCGCCGCUACAAGCCCCGCCCCCGAGAGGCGGUCGCGUGGGCGACCUCGGAAAGAUGGGAGCAGCGGCCGCUCCGCGCCUCCCACCCCCCCUCCACCUCCUCCUCCACCACCUCCUCCUCCAACUCCCAAAUCCAGGAAGAAGGGGCGGAGUCGAGGCCAAGCCCAGGUAGAGGAUGAAGAGAGCACGGACGCCACGGAGAAGAAAACCCCCCAGAAAACAGAGGUGACGGAGAAGACACCAGGACGCCGUCGGUCCUCCUCCAGGAGAAAAUCCAACCCUAACCCUGAACCCGAUCCUGAACCCAGCCAGGACCCUGACCCCCCUCCCCCUGACCCCCCCGCAGUCCCAGAGUCCGGCUCAGAACCAGAACCGGCUCCCAGUGCAGAGGACGCGGACAGAACGGCGCCCGAAGCCGCCGCGCCCCCUGCCUCCAGUCCCUUGGCCCCGGACCUGAGCCCGGCCCACAGCCCCGCCCCCAUGCAGGUGGACUGCAGUCCCAGCGCGGUUCCUGUGGAGCCAGAAGGGGGCGGGGCCUUGAGCCCCUGCCCUAGUCCUCCGGUGUCCCCCUGCCUCCGCCUGGAGGACGAGGACGCACUGUCCCCGCUGUUCCAGCUGUCUCUGUCGGAGGACUCCGGCUGCUCGCCGACCCCCAGCCUGGGACACACCACCAAACGUCUGAAGCAGUGUGCCUUCUGUUACCGUGGCGACGAGCCUCCUCUUGGGCAGGGUCGCCUGGUGGUGUUCGGCCCGACGCCCGGCUACAUCCCGCUCCACAUCCUCAACCUCCGCGCCUCCCCCGACCGGGACAACGACUGCCACGACCACUGCUACCGCGGCGACCAGGCCCCGCCCACGUGCAGCAGUCCAGAACAGUGUGACGGCGAGUCUUCCUUAGAGUUUGUGGAGCAGCUCGGACCCAUCGGCCUUCCACAUGACAUCGACGUCCAAUCACUGUUUGACCCCACAGGUCAGUGCUGUGCUCACCUGCAGUGUGCAGCCUGGUCAGAGGGGGUGUGUCGUGGCGAGGGCCAAUCACUGCUCUAUGUGGACAAAGCCAUCGACUCAGGAAGCACACAGGUGUGUGCGUUCUGCCGUCGGCUCGGGGCGUCGCUGCGUUGCCGGGAGACGGGCUGUGGGCGGAGCUUCCACUUCCCCUGUGCUGCGGCCGCCGGAGCUCAGCAGGACUGGAGCCAGAGACACACACUGUGUACAAGACACACACACACAGUGUCCUCGCAGUGUGUGUUGUGUUCGAGUGGUGGGGAUGUCGGCAGUCUGUUGAUGUGCUGUUGCUGCGGUAGCUGUUACCAUGGCAGCUGCCUGAACCCCCCUCUGGCCCCCUCCCCCCUGUGCCGGGCCGGCUGGCAGUGUCCUCAGUGUCGAGUGUGUCAGAGCUGCAGGUUGCGAGGGGAGGAUGGUGUGUUGCUGGUGUGUGAGCGCUGUGAUAAAGCCUACCACACACACUGUCUCACACCACCUCUGGAUCACACACCGGGCAACGGCUGGAGCUGCAAGAACUGCAGAAUCUGCCGUCGCUGUGGUGUGAGGUCAUCAGGCCAGUGGGCCAAUCACCAGUUUCUGUGUGAGUCAUGUGACCCGGCCCUGCCCUGCCCUCUCUGUGACCGUGCCCCCGACCUCUACACACCACAGGACUAUCUGACCUGUACCUGCUGCUUUAGGUGUGUCCACACAGAGUGUAUCGUCCAGGCUGGGGAGGGCAGGGCAGGGUCUGAAGAUUAUGUCUGCUCCACCUGCAGUCCUCAGGAGGCGGAGCCAAUCCCACACGCUUUGAUCGCUCACAGUCCUACCCUGUCCCCGCCGCUCAGUCCCACACAGGCACCUCCCAUUAGCAUUUCACAGCCGCCAAUUCUAAGUCACACAGAGGCUCCACCCAUCAGUCCUACUGCUCAUAGCCCAGUCCAGCUCAUCUGCUCAGAACCACCACAGAGUCCUACACAGACCAACGGUACACUAUCGCAGACAAGUCUUGCGUCAUCCCAACCUGAUCCCACAGAGCUACAACAAAUUCCUUCACCAUCCCAACCUGAUCCCACAGAGCUACAACAAAUUCCUUCACCAUCCCAUCCUGAUCCCACAGAGCUACAACAAAGUCCGGCGCCAUCCCAACCUGAUCCCACAGAGCUACAACAAAGUCCGGCGCCAUCCCAACCUGAUCCCACAGAGCUACAACAAAGUCUGGCACCAUCCCAACCUGAUCCCACAGAGCUACAACAAAUUCCUUCACCAUCCCAACCUGAUCCCACAGAGCUCCAACAAAGUCCGGCGCCAUCCCAACCUGAUCCCACAGAGCUACAACAAAGUCUGGCACCAUCCCAACCUGAUCCCACAGAGCUACAACAAAUUCCUUCACCAUCCCAACCUGAUCCCACAGAGCUCCAACAAAGUCCGGCGCCAUCCCAACCUGAUCCCACAGAGCUACAACAAAGUCCUUCACCAUCCCAACCUGAUCCUGCAGAGCUACAACAAAGUCCUUCACCAUCCCAACCUGAUCCCACAGAGCUACAACAAAGUCCUUCACCAUCCCAACCUGAUCCCACAGAGCUACAACAAAGUCCUUCACCAUCCCAACCUGAUCCCACAGAGCUACAACAAAGUCUGGCACCAUCCCAUCCUAAUCCCACAGAGCUACAACAAAGUCCGGCGCCAUCCCAACCUGAUCCUGCAGAGCUUCGGGAAAGUCCUUCACCAUCCCAACCUGAUCCCACAGAGCUACAACAAAGUCUGGCACCAUCCCAACCUGAUCCUGCAGAGCUACAACAAAGUCCUUCACCAUCCCAUCCUAAUCCCACAGAGCUACAACAAAGUCCUUCACCAUCCCAACCUGAUCCUGCAGAGCUACAACAAAGUCCUUCACCAUCCCAACCUGAUCCCACAGAGCUACAACAAAGUCCGGCGCCAUCCCAACCUGAUCCUGCAGAGCUUCGGGAAAGUCCUUCACCAUCUCACCUUAAUCCAUCAAAGCCCCAACAAAGUCCUGAGCCAACACCAUCUGAUCCAUCAGAGCUUCAGCAUAGUCCUGCGCUAUCUCACCCUGAACCAACAGAGCUUGAACAAAAUCCAGAGCCAACUCACCCUGAUUCCACAGAGCUCCAACAAAGUCCAGAGCCAUCUGACCCUAAACCCACAGAGCUCCAACAAAGUCCAGAGCCAUCUGACCUUAAACCCACAGAGCUCCAACAAAGUCCAGAGCCAUCUGACCCUAAACCCACAGAGCGUGAACAAAAUUCAGAGCCAUCUCAACCUGAACCAUCAGAGCUCCAACUAAGUCCUGCCCAAUCUCACCCUGAUCCUGCAGAGCUUCGGGAAAGUCCACCAUCUCACCCUGAUCUAUCAGAGCUCCAAAAAAGUCAUCCUCCAUAUCAUCCUGAACCAACAGAGCUCCAGCAAAGUCCUGCUCUAACUCACCCUGAACCAAGAGCGCUCCAGCAAAGUCCUGCUCUAACUCACCCUGAACCAACAGAGCUCCAGCAAAGUCCUGCUCUAACUCACCCUGAACCAACAGAGCUCCAGCAAAGUCCUGCUCUAACUCACCCUGAACCAACAGAGCUCCAGCAAAGUCCUGCUCUAACUCACCCUGAACCAACAGAGCUCCCGCAAAGUCCUGCUCUAACUCACCCUGAACUUGGAGAGCUCCAACAAAGUCCUUCUCAAUCUCAGCCUGAACUUGGAGAGCUCCAACAAAGUCCUUCUCAAUCUGAUCCUACAGAGCUCCCACAAAGUCCUGCACCAUCCCAACCUGAUUCCACAGAGCAUGAACAAAAUUCAGAGCAAUCUCAUCUUGAUCCCACAGAGCUCCAACAAAGUCCUACGCUAUCUCAUUCUAAUCGAAAGAAGCUCCAGCAAAGCCCUGCCCAAACUCACCCUGAUCCCACAGAGCUCCAGCUAAGUCCUGUACCAUCUAACCGUGAUCCAUCAGAGCGCCAACAAAUUCUUACGCGAUCUCAUUCUAAUCAAAAAGAACUCCAUCAAAAUCCAGCCCAAUCCCAACCUGAUCCUGCAGAGCUCCAACAAAGUCUGGCGCCAUUACAUCCUGAACCAUCAGAGCUCCAGGAAAGUCUUUCACCCUGUCCCUCUGGUCCAACAGAGCUCUGGGAAAGCUCUGCAUCAUUUAACCCUGAUGCUACAAAACUCCAAGGAACCCACACCCCAUCUGAAGUUAGUCCAGUGGAGCUUCAACAAAGCCCUCCCCAUAUGACUUCCUUGCAGGCUCAGCAUACUCCUUGUCCGCUCAGUAACCCCUCUUCUAGCUUUACCCAGAAUUCCACAGAGAAUCACCUUUUGGCCACAGAAUCUCCACACAGUCUAACGCAGGGAAGUCCCAUGUCUUGUGGACAUGAGCAUUCUCUGCACAGUCCUCCACCACACACACCGACCCAGGCAGGGCUUAGUCCUACCCGGGUUCAGCCAGGGCCUGCAGAGCCGGAGCAAAGCCCUCCACCACACAGUCCUGUGCAGGACGGAACUACACAGACACAGCUAGAUGGACCAUGUAGUCUCACCAACAUCAUUGUCAUCACAUCGCCUCAACAGAGUCCCCCACGAAGACGACACAGUCCUAUGUCACAUAGUCCUGCACAAGUUGGCACAUCACCUCGACAGAAUCACACACAGGAUGCUGAACCUACACUGGACAAUGAGAGCCCUGCUGAGCUGCAAUGUGGGCCUGCACAGCACAUUUCUACACUGGACCAGGGCCUUUCACCAGUCUGCUGUAGGUCUACCCAGACAGCAAGAAAACACGCCUCACUGAGGCCCAGCUCAGCUCCAUGUAGCCCAUCACCUUCCCCACUCAGAGCCACACAGUGUAGUCUCUCACAGCCUGCUAGCCCAUCACAGGCCCAGUCUACACAGCCUUUACAGCUUAGCAUACUUUCUUCUCAGCUUGCUAAACAUUCAGGAGUCACAAAUGAAUGCACCCAAACCAGUACCACAGAGCUGAAGUCUUUGGAACAUAGCCCCAAGCAGCUGAGUCCUAACCUUGAUGACCAAACACUGGAAAGUAGCCCGACAUCUGAUCUAUCCACAAUGCCUCCUGAUAGCAAUGGCACAGAUGGAAAACUUGCUAACCAGUGUGUCCCUAUCCAGAGUAACCCAGACUUUUCUAGCCCCCAUCACAGUCCUUCCAUGCCGACACCAGAAAGCCUUGUUCACGUUAGCCCUUCAGUGGAACACAGUAGCCUAACUUGCUCACCUCGUGCUGAUGAAACGGAGGUAAUUCCUCCCUCAGCUAUCUCCAUUUGUCUGAGUACUUCUCGUGACAGCCCAUCAUGCUGCACAGAAGCUACUGAAGGUAAAGCCAGCCCCACACAUAUCCAAAAUAUUUCAGCUAGUGCUAGCUCCAAACAUACCAGUCAAAUGUCUACAAGCCCUGCCAGCUCUAUUCAGGCCAGUGCUAGCACUAUACCAGUGGAUCCUAGCCAUAUAGCUGCAGAAACUAGCCCCUCAACACAACCAACUAACCCUUCAGAUGUUCUGGCUGGAUCCAUCUCCUGUCAGGAUGAGGACAUGGAGGUACAUGUCGACCACCCGAGUCAUUUUAUUCAGUCAGAAACAAGUCCCAGACAUCCAAACUCCAAUUCGGACAGUAAAGUUCAUGGUAGCCCUGCUCACACAGAAGCUAACGGGUACAGUCAGAUGGGCUCCAUGCAUGUUCAAGAGAGAGCCAGUCCCUCUGUUUGUAGUUUUCCAGAGCUCGCACAGAAUCAGGCAAGCCUAAGUCCCACAAAUCCUGGUCAGUCAGAUCCCUCACAUGUCCAAACUACCUGCAGUUCCCCUCAGACUUCUCCAGAUCAGACAAGCCCCCUGCAAACUAGCUUUAGUCCUCCACACUGUAUGCUGAGUGGUAGUAGCCCAGAGAGUAGCUCUGUUAGCCACAGUCUGAGCCAUAGCGGCCAGACAAGUUCCCACUCUGCUAGCAUAACUGAUGUUACCGUCAGCCACAGUCCACCUAGGUCUAGUCCUGCUGGUCAAGCUAGUCCUUCUCACAUACAAAGCGCCUCUAGCAGUCCCCACUCAGGCCCAGCCCAAAGACAGACUUCCUCAUUAGCGAGCACGACAUACAGCAGCCCUGCACAUGCUGCUGCCGCUUGUGUUAGCCCACCUCACAGUCCAGCUCAGUCCAGUGAAAUGUAUCGUAGCCCUACAGGUAGCCCUGCUCCGGACACUGCGGCACAGCUGAGCCCCACUCUGGCUAGCUCAAAUCUUGAUGUGGACAUAAUCCAGAGCUCUGUUCUUCCCGCUGUGCUUCACCUUGAUUCUGGACUUGUUAAACCUCCAGACAGUAUUCAGCAGACGAGCCCAGCACCUGCUUAUGACGCACAUGCGCGUAGUCCCAACCAGGCCAGUCCAAGCCAGGUUAGCCAGUUCCCAGCUAGUCCUCUCUCGACCCCCGACAGAUCUGCUGCUGAAAGCCAACAGAGCAUUGCCUCGGGAAGCCCCUUGCAUCGAACCCCAGCCCCCUCUGUUGAUGCUUCUUCCACUCUGGCUAGCCCUGUCCCUUCUAGUCCCACUCAGGAUACCACUGCAAUGCCUAGCACUGACCACACCAGCGAAACGCCCGCUAGUCCCACACCCUCUGCCCCCUCAAAUGCUAGCUCUGUUUACAGUAGCCCAGUUGCUAGUCCUGUUCAUGACCCAGGUGAUACACAAGUUAACUCUAGUCUUGCCAGCCCUCUGCGGCCAGAUACUAGUCCCAGUCCUAGACCUGGGAGCCCUAUGACGUGUGAUGAUAGCAGCCACAGUGCAGAUGCUGUUAGCCCUGUCCUUGCUACCCAUGUGCAGUCUGAAACCAGCCCUAGUCCUGGUCCCGUUAGCCCGGUUCAGCCUGACGCCAGUCCUAGCCGCUCUGUUUCCAGCCCCCAGCAACACACGACAGAGAAGGAGUCUGCAGUUGCUGAGGAUGUCAGCAUGGCCGAGAAGCAGGAAGAGAAAACUGAAGAGGUGGAGGAGGUGCAGGGAGAAGAAGUUUCACAGCAGCAGCAGGAGGAGGAGGUGGAUGAGCCACACCAGAGAGCAGAGGAGAGUCUGGAGGAAGAGGAGCCUGCUAGAGAACAAGACCAGGAGGAAGAGCAGGAGGAGAUUUCACACCAGAGAGCAGAGGAGAGUCUGGAGGAAGAGGAGCCUGCUAGAGAACAAGACCAGGAGGAAGAGCAGGAGGAGAUUUCACACCAGAGAGCAGAGGAGAGUCCAGAGGAAGAGGAGCCUGCUAGAGAACAAGACCAGGAGGAAGAGCAGGAGGAGAUUUCACACCAGAGAGCAGAGGAGAGUCUGGAGGAAGAGCAGCCUGCCGAGACAGAGGGAGGAGGAGAUCAAGACCAGGAGGAAGAGGAGGAUCAGAACGGCAGCUCAAACUGCCUUUCAGGAUCUGUCCUGAAUGAAGACCCUCGGUCUCCUCCUCACUCUUCCGCUGCCUCCCUCUUCCUCCCACAGUCAGCUCCUCCCCCCCCCCAGCCCACCACACCACACUCUGCCUUACCCCCCCUACAGCCUUCCUCCCCCCUCCCCUCUCCUCCUAGAGCCGGCUCUCUGGAGGCCUCCCCUCUCAGGACUGCCUUACCCCCCUCCACUCCUCCCUCUCCUCCCCUGGAGCAGGAAGCUACCUGUCAAAGUGAAGCAACCACGAAGGAGGCGGGGCUAGAGGACAAUCCCCUUCUCUGUCAUGUGACAUCAGCAGAAGAUGACAGCCAAUCACAAAGCCAAUUCGAACCGGUCGCAGAAAUAAAAGAACAGUUUCAACCCGAAAAGUCUGAACCUGUUGCUGCAGCAAAAGAACAGUUUGAUCCCACCCAGCAUGAGCACCAAUCACACGCUGAGCCUUUAGAGAGGCGGGAGGAGCUGGAGCCAAUGAGGGAGGAGCAGGAUGCAGAGGAGCAGGAUCCUUCGUCUUCCCCCCUAGAACAGGAAGUUACCUGUCAAAGUGAAGCCGCUACGGGGGAGGCGGAGCUAGAGGACAAACCUCUUUCCUGUCAUGUGACAUCAGCGGAAGAUGAAGAAGACCUUGUUGCUGAACCCACCAAAGAUGAGCACCAAUCACACGCUGAGCCUUCAGAGAGGGAGGAGGAGCCUGAGCCGGAGCCAAGAGCAACAGCCACUCCUGAGCUGGUUGCUGAGCAACAGCCAAUGAGGGAGAAGCAGGACGCAGAGGAAGAGGAGGCGAGGGAGGGCGGCGAGCAGGAGGACCAAUCAGAUGUGGAACAGGAGGAUCCGGUGAGCCCCGUGCUGGAACUGGACCCGUCUUUAGACAUGGAGGUGAUGGCGCUGCUGCAGCUCUCCUCCCCCAGCCCGCCCCCCCUUUCUCGGCGGGCGGUGGGUCGGACUCUGAGGCCUACCCCCCCCUUCUCUUCCCGCCCUUCAGACGACCUCGCCGUCCGUCUGAGGCAGUCUCCCUUCUCCACCGAGGCCUCCCCCGAGACCUCGCCCGCCAGAGCGCCCGUCACUCCGCCGCCGCUCUCUCCGCCCUCGCCGCCGUACCGAGAGUCUCCGCCUCUUUCUAAGCCACAGACUCUCCCCGUCACUGUGCUCCCCCUCACCCCGAAAAUCGGGAUGGGAAAGCCCGCAAUCUCCAAGAGGAAGUUCUCCCCCGGCAGAGCCAGAAUCAAACAGGGUUCGUGGUGGAGUAAUCGCAGGGCGGUCAGCCCCCCCUCGUCCUCCCAGGAUUCCAUGGGGGAGGGAGGGUGGGACAGCCCUAAGCCCCGCCCACCGGACUCCCCCCUCUGGAGCAUGAGAGUGAGUCGUGGUUCAGGGUUCCCAGGCAGGAGGAGGUCCAGAGGAGGAGGUCUGGGAGGAGGAAGAGGAGGCAGAGGAAGGAGCCGGCUGAAGACUCAGGACAGUCUGCCUGUGUCCCCCGGAAGUGUUUACGCGGAGCCGUUCCAGCCCAAGGAGGAGGAGGAGAACUCCAUGCACAACACGGUGGUGAUGUUCUCCACCUCGGACCACUUCACCCUCAAACAGGACAUGUGUGUGGUGUGUGGUAGUUUUGGUCAGGGGGCUGAAGGCCGACUGUUGGCCUGUUCUCAGUGUGGACAGUGUUACCAUCCCUACUGCGUCAACCUUAAGAUCACGCGGGUGGUCCUGACCAAAGGCUGGCGAUGUCUGGAGUGUACGGUGUGCGAGGCGUGUGGCGAGGCCAGCGACCCCGGGCGACUGUUGCUAUGUGACGACUGUGACAUCAGCUACCACACCUACUGCCUGGACCCGCCCCUUCACACCGUCCCCAAAGGAGCCUGGAAGUGCAAGUGGUGUGUGUGGUGUGUCCAGUGUGGCUCUGCCUCCCCCGGGCUGCGCUGUGAUUGGCAGAAUAACUACAGUCGCUGUGGACCGUGUGCCAGUCUGAGCCACUGUCCUCUCUGUCAGAGACAGUACUCACAGGACGACCUCAUCCUGCAGUGUCAGCAGUGUGACAGGUGGGUCCAUGCUGUGUGUCAGGGUCUGAACACUGAAGAAGAGGUGGAAACUGCUGCUGAUGAAGGCUUUGAUUGCUCACUGUGCCGAACACACGGCCGCGGCUCCUACGGGCGGUCAGACAGCUUUGAUUCCCCCUACAUGGCUCAGAUCAUCUCCAGGAUCAGAGAACCAGACACAAAGACCUACACCCAGGAUGGAGUGAGUCUGACGGAGUCAGGUCUGUCUCACCUCCAGUCUCUGGUUGAACCUCUGACAUCACCACGCAGGUACCGCAGGUGCAAACCCAAACUAAAGCUCAGGAUCAUCAACCAGAACAGCGUCUCUGUUCUGCAGACGCCAGCGGACACGGACCCCCCCACCCAGCAGGACCCCAGCAGAGGUGACGUAGAGUGUGAGAUGAAGUCCGACUCCAGCCCCGAGCGAGACCACGUCCACGACGAUGACAUCACCAAGGAGCCUGAGGUUACCGACGACAACAAGAAGAGGAAAAGGAAACCUUACCGGCCCGGCAUCGGGGGCUUCAUGGUGCGCCAGCGUGGAGGGAAGGCCGGGCCCAGCAGAAUCAAACUGUGCCGGAAAGAUUCACUAGACACGCUGCCAGGCCGAGACGAAGACGUUUCCAUGGAGACAGUGCCCGCUGCCGACCAGACGAUGGAGAAGGCGAAGAAGAGGUACAGAAAGAAGAAGACGAAGCUGGAGGAGGAGUUCCCUUCUUAUCUCCAGGAGGCGUUUUUCGGUCGGGAUCUUCUGGAUCAGAGCCGGCAGGUGGACAGGAGGGCGCCGCCAGAGACACCCGCUGCCAGCCAAUCAGGAGCGACGACCCCUGGAUUACAUGGCCCCUCCCCCUCGGGCCCGCCGCUUGCCGCCAUGGCAACCAACGCCAUCAAGAAGCAGGGAACACUGCCCAUGUCGGAGGAAGCUCUGUUGGAUCUGUCUGAUGUUCUCAACACUGAUCCUCACAUACUGGCAACAGGACACUCAGCCGGUCUAGAUAUCAGCUCCAUGGCAGCUGACCUGACAGGAAGUGGGCGUGGCCAGAGGACGGUGCAGGAGGAGCCUCUGGACGCCAUCUUGAGUCCUGAGCUGGACAAGAUGGUCACUGACGGUGCCAUCCUCAGCAAACUGUACAACAUCCCAGAGCUGGAGGGGAAGGACGUGGAGGAGGUGUUUACCGCUGUUCUUAGUCCAAACAGCAACAACCACCAACAACCAGGGCAAAGCCAACACACACACACUGCAGCCGGAAGCAAGGGAAACACACACCACUCAGCUACUGUGUUUCCUCGUCUUCCGCUGAUGAACGGCCUGAUGGGAGCUUCUCCUCACUUCUCAAACUCUCCCAUGAUGCCCGGUGUGGCUCAGAGUCCCGCAGGCUUUAGGAUGCCCCCUCCCGAGAGCCCCGCCCCUGGGCUGGCCUCUGCCAAUCAGGCGCCAGCGGGCGAGGCCGAGCAGGACGUGAUGUCAACGGCUCAGAGAGGCAUGUUGAAGUGGGAGAAGGAAGAAAGUCUGGGAGAGAUGGCCACCGUCGCUCCGGUCCUCUACUGCAACACCAACUUCCCCCAGCUGAAGGAGCAGCAUCCUGAAUGGUCGACCAGAGUGAAGCAGAUCGCCAAGCUGUGGAGGAAAGCCAGCUCUCAGGACAGAGCUCCCUUCGUGCAAAAAGCUCGAGAUAACCGGGCGGCUCAGCGCAUCAGCAGGGUGCAGCUGUCCAACGACCCGCUCAAACGCCACCAGCCCUCGCACCCGCCCUCGCACCCACCCUCGCACCCACCCUCGCAGCAGCAGCAGCAGCAGCAGCAGCAACUACCGCUGGCGCCGGGACCUUAUGACCCUGUUUCAAUGGAGACGGAGGGGGCGUUCAGGGACCCGCUGAGGCCCAGAGAGACGGAGCAGGAGCAGGAGUGGAAGCUCCGACAGGGAGAGGUAAAUGACAGAUGGGGAGCCGGUAUGAAGAGGCAGGAAAAUCUCCCCCAAAGCAAAGCCCUAAAAUCACCAACUGAUAAAGAUUGUCCCUACCAGGCAUCUGUAGCAGGCGGUGGCAAAGAGGCUCUGGUAAGAUCUCAAGGAGAACCUGUUCCAGGCGGACUUCCUGGAUCCACAACGCUCUGAAAUCCUCUUCCUGUCCCGGGACGCUGCUCCGCCGGCCUGC